AUGAUGAUGACGGCGACCCCCACCAUGCCCGCGCCGCACAGCCUCCGCACCUUUGCUACGGCCGACUUUCAUCUUACGACUGUCCCGGGCCUGCUAUCGAUGGCAGAUAUGGACGACUCCUGCUGUGCGUUUGCUGAUGGUGGCCAGGAUUGGACCUACGGGGCAAUAGCGACGACUAAAACAGACAAAAAGAAGAAGAAAAUGGACGAGGUGAGGCCUAUGGGCUGCAAUAUACGAUUCAGCGCGCUGCAGCUGGACUACGAGGACUGUCAGAACGAGCUGCCGGAUCCCAUGUUUAACGUGACCACGGCGACUUUUAAAAAUAGCAUAUGGAAUAGAGCACAUUAUGGAAACCCAGACUUUCAUCCCGAGGAGUGGAACCCAAGCGACGACGGCGGCGGUCCGCACGCGAGGUUUGGUUCGCGUAGGAGACCACGCCCAAGUCUGAUGUAA